AUGACUUCUGCCUUCAGUGUGCUCCACGGCGCUCCGAGCAACACCGGCCAGCACACGACGACAGGCAGUGGCUCGCUCGACUUCACACUGACAGCUCUCAGCCGCUGGUCGAUCCUCAGCAAGCAGCUGCCCGCCGUCGACAAGAUCAAGGCGCUGCACGUGUACGACUUUGACAAUACGUUAUUCAAGACACCGACACCGAACCCGUCGCUGUGGCAGGGCCACACGAUAGGAUUGCUGGCUAACCAGGAUGUGUUCGUCAACGGGGGGUGGUGGCACGACAGCCGGAUCCUGGCGGCGACGGGCGGAGGGGUCGACAAGGAGGAGCCCCGCGCGUGGGAAGGGUGGUGGAACGAGAAGGUUGUCGAGCUCGUCCGGCUGAGCAUGCAGCAGCCGGAUGCUCUGACGGUGAUACUGACGGGUCGUGGCGAGAAGAACUUUUCCGACCUGGUGCGUCGCAUCGUGGCCAGCAAGAAGCUGGACGUCGACAUGAUCGCGCUCAAGCCGGCCGUCAGCCCGACCAACCAGCGAUUCCAGAGCACGAUGCACUUCAAGCAGCUCUUCCUAAACGCCCUCAUGGAGACGUACCGUGACGCCGACGAGAUCCGCAUCUACGAGGACCGACCGAAACACACAAAGGGCUUCCGCGACUUCCUGGCCGAGUACAACCGUCAGCAGACGACGUCGCCGACGCGCGGGCCCCUGUCGACGGCCGAGGUGGUGCAGGUGGCCGACACGGCGGCAACGCUGGAGCCCGUCACCGAGGUGGCCGAGGUGCAGCACAUGAUCAACGACCACAACCUGGUGGCGGCGCGCGACCGGACCAAGACGAAGCUGCGCAUCAAGAAGACGGUCUUCUUCACCAGCUACAUGAUCUCCCGGCCCGACACGCAGAAGCUGAUGGACCUGGCCAGGAUCCCCGUCAGCUCCGACCUCAUCUACCACGGCAACAACAUCCUCAUCUGCCCACGGCCGUGCCCGGCAGGCAUCAUGGACAAGGUCGGCGGCAUGGGCAGCAAGAUGGUGUGGGAGGUCGUCGGCACAGCCUGCUACCAGGACCGUCUGUGGGCCGCAUGCCUACGGCCCGUCCCCCAAGAGACGAAAUACCACACGGACAACCCCGUCCCGCUCGUCGUCCUGGCCCUCAAGAAGGGUGCCCGUCCCAUCGACGCCAGCAAGAUUGAGAACUGGGAUCCUGUGCCCCCGCACCAGUCCUUCAAGUUCGAGACGACCGUGGGCGAGAAGAUGAUACUCCGCGUCGAGGGCGACGAUCCCCGCGAGGACGCUUACGAGAGCCUCUUUGCCAACAAGAACUCCAAGAGGAAAUACACCGGAGGCCACGGUCCCGACGCCGGCGGAGGCGGCGCCGCCGUCGGUGGCGGCGCCGCCGUCGGUGGCGGCGGUCCACCUACCCAACCCCGCGCCGACUCCUUUCCCCGCGGCAGGGGCGGUCGCGGCGGUCGCGGCAGCAGCUUCCAGGGUCGCGGUGGCGGCGGCAGGGGUCGCGGCCGUGGAGGAGGUCGUGGCGGUCGAGGCGCUGGUUUCCACGGAUACAAGUCCCUAGACGAUGUCGGCGGCGGCGGCGGCGGCGCUGCCGGAGGUCGCGCACGGGUCGAGUACGACGAUGCGUACGCCGGAGUGCCCACCGGGCCGAGUGCCCACAAGAGGAGAGGGGGACCUCAUACCGGGUCAGGGGAGCUGCACAGCUAUUAUUGA